GCAAGAUGGCCGUUAGUUACUUACGCCGCUGACUCCACCUUUAAUACUCUACCCAUAUUUACAUAUGUCCCGUAGACAUAUGCUUCUACCUAUCACUCUGCACCCCGAAUUACCUCCACAAAACAUGUUUUGUCAUCUACACCGUAGAUUUUUCAAUUCGUCGAGUUGUCUCGCGAAGAAGAAAACCAACGCAGAGCACAGGUGGCUCACGCGGCAGUCGAAGGACCCUUUCGUCAAAGCUUCGCACACCCUCAACUUUCGCUGUAGGAGCGCCUUCAAGUUGCUGGAGAUCGACGACAAGUUCCGCCUCCUACAACCGGGUUUCUCCGUGGUGGACUGUGGAGCGGCGCCCGGAGCCUGGAGCCAGGUGGCCGUGCACCGGGUCAACUCAGCGGGGACCGAUUCAACGUCACCCCUGGGUACUGUAGUCGGCAUCGACCUCCUAAACAUACCACCUCUGGACGGCGCGCACUUCCUGUCCAACCACGACGUCGCCGACUGCAUCACACACGCCAAGCUGCUGGACCUCCUUCCCGGCGGACAGGCUCACAUCCUCCUUAGCGACAUGGCGCCCAACGCCAGCGGCUUUCGGGAGCUGGACCACGAGAGACUCGUCAAGUUGUGCGCAUCUCUGCUGGUCUUGGCAGAGAAAAUUUUGCGGCCGGGAGGCACUCUGGUGUGCAAAUACUGGGAUGGUGCCCUGGCCCGUCAUCUCCAGGACAAAUUCUGUCUCGCGUUUGGGAGCGUUCAGAGUUUAAAGCCAAACGCAAGCCGGAAAGACUCCGCUGAGAGGUAUUUCCUCGCCAGAAACUAUAGGAGACCAGUCAAGGGAUAGACAUUUUUACCUCUACAAGGAUAACAACAUUUUUCACUGUGGGUCCAUUACAUCCAGGAUUGAUUCACGUCUGACACAAAUUGAAAUCUUUGAGUGAAAAAAUUCAAGUGAAUUUGUUCAAAUGCUCAAAGUCUGCCAUAUCUCAGAGCUGCUUUGUUGGAUUUCUUUAGCAUAUUUUACGAUAUUUUUUAACCCUUUCAUGGACUGUGGUCACUACAUCAGAUGGUUAUUCAAAAGUUGACACUGAAGACCUUCAACCCAUUACAGGCAAAGUGACUAUUUUGGGUCAAUUCCAAAACUAUAACUACUGUAUUGUAUUUUAUUAUUUACAGAACAUCAUACAUAUAUUAAGAAUAAACGGGUUAUAACUUCA